UCCGUGUCGAGAUGUUCCGAAUCCGAAUGUGUGAUUCUGGCUGCAGAUGCUGAGCAAAAAUUAAAAUUUCUUUGUUUUAGAUGAAGCAAACAUGGAGAACGAAGGCAACAGUUUGUUGGAAUUGCCACUAGAGACUGUAGAAAUACUAGAGGAAGUUCAUAUUCCCUCAAACCAUGUAGGAAAUGUGUCUGACACCCAUGUUGAUAAUGUGGGAGAAAUGUUGAUCGAUGAAGGUACACAAAGCGGAAUCUCUGGAAUGGAGUCAAACAGUAUAGAUUUUGAAUUUGUGAACACAGAUCUAGGGACUGGUUCAGAUUUUAAUAUAGACAACUCCAGUGUUUUUGGUAUGACAGAAAAUGGGAUGGAUGUGAGAGAAGACUGUGAGUAUUUGUUCAGAGAUUCUUCAUGUUUUUAUGAUAGUAACACAUGUGUCAGUAAACAGAUUGACUCAGGAACUCUUACUCAAAGUGGUAUGAUCUCGAUACCUAACUCGGGAAAAUUAAAUCUGUACAAAGACUUGGGUCUUAAAUUACAGGUCAUUCCAUUGAACAAUCUGCAGUAUGUGUCAACUAUUCAGACAAGCAAAGGUCUGCAUAUACUGGCUAUACCAUCACAGGCAUCACUACCUUCUAAUUGCGAUGAUAUCACUAUUCAACAACUAUGCCAGAAGUUAAAGGUUAAUUCUCCAGAACUCAGUUUAAACCAGUGUCUAGAAAGUAGACUACAAACUAAGUCACCACCUUUAAAAGUUAACAGUUCUGAAACUUUAUCAAAAGUAAAAGCAAAGGCUAUCAUGAAAAGCAGAAUCUCAGUUAAGGAUUCAUUUCUGUCAAAAUCUUCAAGAAAAUUAAGAAAUUCAGUAAAUAAGAAACUAAUAAUUUGUAGAAAUGACUCUCAUAGAAAAGGAUGUGUUCAAAGUAUGUUCAAUAACAACAGCUUGGUGAAUCAAAGAAAAGAUGUUAAAGGAGUUGUAGAUGUUAUUAAGUCUAAAAAUAUCAAAAAACACAGAAUGGUCUCUAUUUUAAAUAAGUCAGUUACAAGCAAACUUAAACAAACUCAACAUGUUAUGAAUAGUAAUACAAAUAAAGAGAUCAAAGUCACAUUUCAUCUUAAAGCACCUUUAGGAAGUGAAAAAGAAAGAACUGCUGGGGGCAUUUGUACAAAGUCAAAUAGUGAUAUUUCUAAAAUUAAAACUAAUGAAAACCAAGAAGAAUUUGAAAUCGACAGACGAAAAACCCAUCAAAUUGGGCAAGAUUUAGCUGGAGAUAAUAAUAGGAAGACUCUAAGAAUCUCUGAAAGUGAUCAAAUAUUUGUAUCUGAAGAAAAUGCCUUGUCAAAGUCUGCCCAUACUUGUAUUUCUAAUAAAAACCGUGAUUUAGAUAAAAUUAAAUUAGACAAAGCUGUGGAAGAAAAAGGUAAAGUAAAUUAUCUAGGAUUAGACAGAAUGGAACAAAUACAAGCCCCUGAAAAUUGUAAGAAGAUAUUGAAAUAUGGAGCAAUUAGUGCAGAAAAUAAAUCAGUUGGGAAAAGAUUUCAGUGUAAAACAUGUUUAACAACUUUUUUGAGACAAGGGCAUUUAAAAAAUCAUAUGAAAACUCAUUUGGAAAUCUUAACAGAACUAAAACGUGUGCCAGAAACUUUCAGAAGUGAUUCAAAACACUUUCCAGAGGACAGUCUGACUAAGAAGGAAAAAGUUAGUGUGUAUAAAGAUGGUAUGUUAGAAAAGGAAACACCUCGGAUAUCCACAGAAAAGGAAAUAUCCCAGUUAUCCUCAGAAAAGGAAAUGCCUAAUUUAUCCAAAGAAAAGGAAAUACAGUUGUCCACAGAAAAGGAAAUUUUUCAGUUAACUAGAGAAAAGGAAAUACCUCAAGACUCCAAUGCUGAUUCUGGAAAGAAAAUUAACAACAUCUCCAGCAAUGUUUUGACAUGUGAGUUUUGUGGAAUGUCAUUUAAGACACCAGGGAAUUUGACCCGGCAUAAACUUACCCACAGUAUGAAUGUAGAUAGAAAGGUGAGGGGAAGAUUCCAAUGUGAUGACUGUGACAAAAGCUUCUUGCAGAAAUGUGAUUUAAAGAGGCAUGUUAUAACUCAUUCCGGAACGUUUCCAUUUACAUGCUUAGUCUGUAAAAAAGGUUUCAUAAGGCAAAGUGAUUUAAAUGUUCACCAAAAAUUUCACACUCAAGAAAAACAGUUCAGAUGUGGUUUGUGUUCAAAAUCUUACUUCCAGACAGGUGACUUAUCUAGACAUAUGAGAAAGAGUCAUGCUGAUAUGUGUCCGUUUACGUGCCAGCAGUGUAACCAGAAAUAUACUACACAGAAAUCACUCUACCAUCACAUCAACACCAAACAUUGACCCUGGCAGAGCUUUGACUGAUUACCCGAGUUUAUCUAAAAGUUCAUAAUGAUAAACAUACUUAUAUCUGGUGAAAAAUGCAGGUUAUAUAAACACAAACAAGAGAAAACAUUAAAAGUUGUAAUUAUAAUGAUGUGGGAUCUAGAGAAUACAUAUAGAAUAUUUGUUUGUUUUGAGCAAACAUGCAAUAUAUCACACUUAGAACGAAGAAGUGAGAAAAUUGUAAUAUUGAGGAGCUAGCUCAGGUGAAAAUGUGGAUAUUUUCUCAUUUCUAGGUGACAUAUAUAACAUAUUCAUGAAAAAACAAACAUUUUCUUUAAAUUUUUAUGCCUACAUGUAAAAAGUGAAGAGGAACAAUUUUCAGAUCUUAUUUUUUGUGAAAGCUCCGUAAACAGACUCGCAUGAAGAAGAUGAUGUCAGUACAACUGCCUACAAGCACUGCAUAAACAAAAGUUGUUCAGGUGUAAAGUUAUUAUUGUGGACAAACUUUUAACAGUUUUUGAGAGAUAAUGCCAUAAGGACAAAACCCAACAAUUGAUUUUAUAUCAAUUUACAGAAUCCUUAACAAUAAAAAUGUAUGCCAACUAAAAG